UAAGCAGCAGCAUGUGUAACACCACCGACAUGCGACAGUUGCGACCAGCACAGUUUGCUAACAUGCGCGUCAUCAAUCACUACUAACUACACUGCUCCAUUUCCUUCUUCACCUACCAAAUCACAAUUUCUGUUCAAUUGCUCCGGCGACUGUAAUGUGAAAUGAGACGUCGCCCUGUGGCGGCCAUUUUCUCCGAUCAAAUGGAGAAAUCAACUACCAAAUCCCACAAUUCCCGUAUCUUCUUCCUCGCUUCUCUCUCCGCUUUUUUCUGGCUUUUACUCCUCUACUUCCAUUUCAUCAUCCUCCCCCACCAACAAUCCUCCACCACCGUCAACAUCCAACAACCACCACCACGGAAGCAUUUCGGCUUCCCUGAUAUCAAAAAAACUGAUCCAUGUGGAGGUAGAUACAUCUACGUCCACAAUCUUCCAUCAAGGUUCAACCAAGACAUGUUAAGAGAAUGCAAAACCCUAAGUCUUUGGACGAACAUGUGUAAGUUUACUACCAAUGCAGGUCUUGGUCCGCCACUCGAAAACAUCGACGGAGUUUUCUCUGAUACUGGUUGGUAUGCUACUAAUCAAUUUGCUGUUGAUGUUAUUUUCGCGAACCGGAUGAAACAAUAUGAAUGUUUGACAAAUGAUUCUUCAAUUGCUGCUGCUGUUUUUGUACCGUUUUAUGCUGGAUUUGACAUUGCACGUUAUCUUUGGGGGUAUAAUAUUUCAAUGAGAGAUGCUGCUUCUGUUGAGCUUGUUGAUUGGUUGAUGAAGAGACCGGAAUGGGGUGUUAUGAAUGGGAGAGAUCAUUUUCUUGUUGCUGGUAGGAUUACUUGGGAUUUUAGGAGAUUGAGUGAGGAUGAAAAAGAUUGGGGUAAUAAGCUUUUGUUUUUACCUGCUGCUAAGAAUAUGUCUAUGCUUGUUGUUGAAUCUAGUCCUUGGAAUGCUAAUGAUUUUGGGAUUCCUUAUCCGACGUAUUUCCAUCCCGCGAAAGAUAAGGAUGUUUUUGUUUGGCAGGAGAGGAUGAGAAGGUUGGAGAGGAAAUGGCUUUUCUCUUUUGCGGGUGCACCUCGUCCUGGUAAUGCAAAAUCGAUUAGGGGUCAGAUAAUUGAGCAAUGUAGGAGUUCUAAAGUUGGUAAGCUUUUGGAGUGUGAUUUUGGGGAAAGUAAAUGUCAUUCUCCUAGUAGCAUAAUGCAGAUGUUUCAGGGGUCCGUUUUUUGUCUUCAACCUCAGGGUGAUUCUUAUACAAGAAGAUCUGCUUUUGAUUCGAUGUUGGCUGGUUGUAUACUCGUGUUUUUCCAUCCGGGUUCGGCGUAUACACAAUAUACUUGGCAUCUUCCUAAGGAUUAUACAAAGUAUUCUGUGUUCAUUCCGGAGGAUGAUAUUCGAAAGAGGAAUGUUAGUAUAGAGGAGAGGCUUAGUCAGAUACCUGAGGAACGAGUGAGGAUCAUGAGAGAGGAGGUGAUUAGUCUCAUUCCUAGAUUAGUUUACGCUGAUCCUCGCUCUAAGUUAGAGACUUUGAAAGAUGCUUUUGAUGUUUCUGUACAAGCUGUGAUUGAUAAGGUUACCAAUUUGAGAAAGGAUAUUAUUGAAGGGCGCACGGACGAAAACUUCAUCGAGGAGAAUAGUUGGAAAUAUGCAUUGUUGGAUGAGGGACAGCAUGAGGUAGGACCUCAUGAAUGGGAUCCUUUCUUUUCUAAACCCAAGGAUGGAAAUGGAGAAUCCAGUGAUUCCUCUGCUGAAGUUGCGAAAAAUUCUUGGAAAAAUGAGCAAAGAACUCAAUCGUGAUUCGUCAUGCGGAGGUAAAAGAUUGCACUCUGCUGGCUGCAGGUUUCUGAUACGUUGUUUAGAGCAAGAUUCUGAUGAUUUCCCUGAAUUAGGGAACAAGAAUUGCAGCUACAGAAUAAUUGAUGGGGACAAGCUAUAACAACUUACUGCAGAAAUUGAAAACCCCCAGCUUGGAGAGAUAUUCACUGCUUGCCACAACAGUUUUGUUAUAUACAUUCUUCCUUGUUUCUGCAUUUUGUAUUUCCAUAGUGGUUUCAACAUGUAUUUUCCAAGGUCAAAUUAUUUCCCUCCAUACAAUAUAUUUGUUCACUUGAUUUUUAUAGGAAAUGUAAACAAAUUUAUGGUUAAAUGGUCAGUUGAAGUGCAAUGGUCUAUAGUAUAUCAUUUCGCAGCUGCAUCAGACUGCAUAUGUAUGCUUUGAUACUUGAUGAUAUUAGUAACUUCUUGCUCAUAUGGCUAUGCUGAUUCAUGGAAUAUCAUACAUUUUUGUAUUUGCUCAUAUGGCUAUGCUGAAUAUUUGGCAAUGUUUAGUAUUUUGUUUGUCA